UUGCAACGCGGCAGCUGAUUGUUUGAACAAUGGGGCGGAUUGUAAGGGUUCCUUCCAUUUUUACCGGGAAAACAAACCGCUCGUUCUAUUACUCCCCCUUUCUCUCUCUACUCUCUCUCUCUCUCUCUCCACUCAGAAAGCAAAUGGUAAAAUUGUUGAAGAAGAUCAAUCGAACGAUUCAUCGAUACUGUUAUGGAUAAGAAAGAGAAAGCCAAAGAGAAGAGAGAAAAGAGGCGCCAACAGAUCUCUCUCCUCCGCACCAUUCCCUAUUCCGAUCAUCAGAGAUGGUGGACCUCCGAAACUAUUGCAGUGGUGACGGGUGCAAACAGAGGAAUCGGGUUCGAGAUUGUACACCAACUCGCGUUGCAUGGAUUGACGGUCAUCCUCACAUCACGAGAGACAGCUGUCGGUGAAGAAGCGGCAAAAGUCCUUCAAGAAGGAGGUCUGGAUGUCGUUUUUCAUCAACUCGACAUUGUGGACCCUCCGUCGAUCGAAUCCUGUGUCGAUUGGAUUAAAGAAACUUACGGUGGUAUUGAUAUAUUGGUAAACAAUGCUGGAGUAAAUUUCAGCACUGGAUCAGAAAAUUCAGUGGAAUCUGCGGAUAAAGUUAUCGGCACCAACUACUUUGGUACCAAAAACAUGAUCAAAGCAAUGAUUCCUCUCAUGAGACCAUCAGAAGCAGGUGCUCGUAUAGUCAACGUCAGUUCCCGUUUGGGAAGAUUGAAUGGCCGGAAAAACAGGAUUGAGAAUCUUGAUUUGAGAAAAAAACUGGACGAUGAAGAGACGCUGACCGAGGAAUUGAUCGACGAGACAGUGAACACGUUCUUGGAGCAAGUGAAAGACGGGACUUGGAUUGAGGGCGGGUGGCCACAAACUUUCACGGACUAUUCGUUGUCCAAGCUGGCGGUGAAUGCUUACACGAGGGUUAUGGCUAGGAUAUUUGCUGAACGGCCCGAAGGUGAGAAGAUAUACAUCAAUUGCUACUGCCCUGGUUGGGUGAAGACUGCUAUGACAGGUUGGGCGGGCCAUGUCAGCAUCGAAGAAGGGGCUGAUACUGCCGUGUGGCUUUCCUUGCUUCCCGAUCAAUUUGUCAGCGGCAAAUUUUUCUCUGAGAGGCGUGAGAUACACUUCUAAAAAUGGAGAAAUUAUGGGUUUUUUUUUCCUUUUCGUUAAAAAAGUGUGGUUUGGCCUGAUAUUCGAGGUUAGAGAAAGUAUGCCAGAGUAGCUUCUUUUGUUUUUGCAUUGCAUCUGUUGGGGCUUCAGGAACAAACAGAGAGCAGUGAGAUUCGACUAGAAAGAGCUGCCUUUUUUCGUUUUUUCGUU